AUGGGUACUCGACAAAAAUCCACAUCAGCUAUACCAUCAUGUUCAACAUAUGAGAUUAGACCAAAUACAACAGGGAAAUUAUCAGAGUAUAAGCAUGAAUCUUAUGAUCCUUUAUCUAAUCAUGAUAAUAAUUCUUAUUAUUACAAUAAUAUUAAUCAUCAUAAUGAUAUAGAUAAUAGUAAAUUAUUAUUUCCAGCAAAUUUCUGUCAUGAUAAUUUACAUAUUAUAACACCAAGUCAAUGUUCCAUUAAUUAUGUAACAAAUGUUCAAUGUUCAUCACCAUCAUCAUCAAAUCAUGCAUAUCAUGAGUUAAAUCAAUCAAAUCUUCCAUAUACUACUUCAAUCACCACCACCACCACAACAACAACUACUAAUAAUAAUAUAAGUAGUAUAAAUGAAAAUAAUCAUGUACAAAGCUUGAAUUAUCUCUAUAGUGAAACAUUUAAUACUCCAAAUCAUUUAAAUACACAUUGUGAUAGAAGAAAUUACACAAGGGAAACACUUUUGAUACAUACUGACAAUAGUAUUGAUAAUAAUAAUAAUAAUAGUAAUAAUAAUCAUACAAAAUCUUGUAUAAAAACGGAUCGAUCUCAUUCCGAGUCCAUCAGUGGACCAUUUCAACGCAUAUCAUUAUAUUUUACAAAUGAUACACAAAAUAAUAAUAAUAAUAACACUAAUAGUAAUAAUGAUAAUAACAAAGAGAAACCUCAACAUUAUAAAUCAAUUAUUCGUAAUAGUAUACCAAGUUAUUCUAUUCUACGUGGUACAUUAAGAAGUUAUAUCUCUGAAGCAACAUAUAAAACUAGUAGUAAUCGUAAUAUUAAAACAAUAAAUCAUCAACAUACAAUUACUGUACCAAUAGAUUCAACGAAUUCAUGUCAAGCUUCUUUAAUACCAAUCAAUAAUAACAAUAACAACAAUAAUAAUAGCAACAACAACAACAAUGGUAGUAAUAAUAAAAGUACAAAAUAUACAAAUGAACAUUUUGAUACAAUCAUUGAAGAUAAACAUAAUGAAGAAAUGAUUGUUAACAAUGAAGUAUCCACAAUAAGACGUAGUUUAAAUUCAACAACUAAUACAAAUCAAAUUAUACAAGAUCCAAGAUCAAGAACAUGUUGUUUUUGUUGGUGUUGUUGUUGUUCAUGUUCAUGUAUGCGUGUACGUGCAAAUCUUGGUGAAUCCAAAAGACCAUCUGCAUCCAAUGAUCCACAAUCAACAGUAGAUUGUCAAAUUUCCGAUGAAAAGGUAACAUUAGAAGAAUUAGAAAGAUGGGCAGAAUCAUUUGAUAUAUUAAUGAGAAGUUCAAGUGGUCAGAAAACAUUUCGUGAAUUUCUUCGAUCUGAAUACAGUGAAGAGAAUAUAAUGUUUUGGUUAGCAUGUGAAGAUAUUAGAAAAGAAAGUAAUUUAGAGAUUGUAGAAGAAAAAGCUCGUAUUAUUUAUGAAGAUUUCAUUUCAAUAUUAUCACCACGUGAAGUUAGUUUAGAUUCACGUGUACGUGAAAUAAUCAAUUCUAAUAUGAUAGAACCAACACCGCAUAUAUUUGAUGAAGCCCAAUUACAAAUUUAUACCUUAAUGCAUAGAGAUUCAUAUCCACGUUUUUUAAAUUCUAAAUUAUAUAAAGAUAUGAUUGAAGAAAUGAAGAAUGGACAAAGUUGA